CUGGAUUUUGAUGUUGAUCACUUUGUAUCAGACUGCAGGAAGCGUGUGCAGUUGGAAGAGCUCAGAGAGGAUCUGGAGCUCUAUUACAAACUCCUUAAAACUGCUAUGGUAGAACUCAUAAAUAAGGACUAUGCAGAUUUUGUUAAUCUCUCAACAAAUCUAGUUGGCAUGGACAAGGCUCUUAAUCAGCUUUCAGUACCCUUGGGACAGUUAAGGGAAGAAGUUAUGAGUCUUAAGUCAUGUGUCAGUGAAGGAAUUCAGGCAGUAGAUGACCGGAUGACUAAACAAGAAGAUAUUAGAAGAAAAAAGAUGUGUGUCCUGAGACUUAUUCACGUUAUUCAGUCUGUUGAGAAAAUUGAGAAGAUCUUACAUUCCCAAGGCAGUAAAGAAUUGUCCUCAUUAGAGGGAAACAGCCCACUUUUAACAGGACAGGUUUUAGAGAGAAUUGCCACAGAAUUUAAUCAACUACAAUUUCAUGCCGUACAAAGCAAAGGCAUGCCCCUUUUGGACAAAGUGAGGCCACGUAUAGCUGGAAUAACAGCUAUGUUGCAGCAGUCUCUGGAAGGGCUGCUCUUGGAGGGCCUUCAGACUUCAAAUGUUGACAUAAUACGUCACUGUCUUCGCACUUAUGCAACAAUUGACAAAACACGGGAUGCAGAGGCUUUAGUUGGUCAAGUGCUUGUAAAACCUUAUAUAGAUGAGGUGAUUGUGGAACAGCACGUUCAAUCUCAUCCUAAUGGCCUUCAGUCUAUGUACAAUAGACUAUUGGAGUUUGUUCCUCAUCAUUGCCGUCUCUUGCGUGAAGUAACAGGGGGAGCUAUUUCGAGCGAAAAAGCAGAUAUUGUUCCUGGAUAUGAUUUCUUAGUGAAUUCAGUGUGGCCAGAAAUAGUACAUGGUUUAGAAGAGAAAUUACCAUCACUGUUUAACCCUGGAAACCCAGACAUGUUUCAUGAGAAGUACACUACUAGUAUGGAUUUUGUACGGAAAUUUGAACGACAGUGUGGCUCCCAGGCCAGUGUGAAACGGUUAAGAGCUCACCCAUCUUACCACAGCUUUAAUAACAAAUGGAAUUUGCCUGUAUAUUUUCAAAUAAGAUUCAGAGAAAUAGCAGGGGCCUUAGAAGAAGCACUUUCAGAUACACUAGAGGAAGCACCAGAUGGCAGCUCAUACUGUCUUUUGGCCACUCACAUGGUCUGGACGAGUCUUCUGAAGUGCUGGUCAGAUCAAAUGUUUUUACCGUUAUUAGCACACCGCCUGUGGAAACUUAGUCUGCAGAUUUUGGCACGCUACUCUGUGUUCAUUGGUGAGGUUUCUGUAAGGCCUAUUUCCAGUGAGAAGGAAAGCAAAAAAUCUGUGCCAGCUGGUAGGAAGGAAUCUUCUGUAAGCCUCAACCUUAGUGAGGACCAAGGGAAUGGGUCUUCUCCAGAAAGUCAACCACUGCCUUCUAUAUCUAGUACUCAGCUGGUAUAUGUUGCUGCAGAUCUGGACAAACUCCAGGAUCAGAUUCCUGACAUCUUAGAAAUGAUUAAACCAAAACUUGAAAUGAUUGGCUUCAAGAAUAUGUCCUGUAUUGCAGGAGCCUUGGAAGACUCAAAGACUUCUUUAUCAGCCUGUGUGCCGACCUUGAAUAACAGGAUUAUCCAGGAUCUCAGUGAGUCCUCCUUUGCUUACCUGAAGAGUGCACUGGAAGUUCCAAGAUUAUAUAGGAGAACCAAUAAGGAGGUGCCAACUAAGGCUUCACCUUAUGUUGACAGUGCUCUUAAGCCCUUCUACCGGCUGCAGAAUGAAUACAAAGGUACAUUGAAGCAGCCCAUGAUUCAUCAAUGGCUGGAAGGUGCCCUCUCUGAAAGCACACAAAAGUAUUACGAUACUGUAUCUGAUGUGCUAAGUUCUGUUAAGAAAAUGGAAGAGAGCCUAAAAAGGUUGAAACAAGCCAGAAGAACUACGACUUCAAACCCUGUUGGUACAAAUGGGGGCAUGAGUGAUGACAACAAAAUCCGACUGCAGCUGGCCCUAGAUGUUGAAUAUUAUGGAGAGCAAAUACGAAAGAUGGGACUGGAAACAAGCAGCAUAAAAAGCUUUUCAGCACUUACAGAGCUGGUUCUAACUGCCAAGGAUCAGGCUACAGCGGAACAAUCCUAGAUAUUUUUGAGAACGUGUGAUUGGAGAUAAACAAUGUCCCUAAA